AUGGCGACGCUCAAGUUCGCACCCUGGCAGAGCGACGUCGACGUGCAGUUUUAUGCAGCGCUUGCGCAUAUCAAGAUCAACCAUGACAAGCUCGACGACUCGGCGCGCAAGGUGCUCGGCUUGUACGAGACUCGCCCGGGCGACCACGCCUCGCGCUCCAUGCGCAUACAGAUACACCCCAAUGCGCUGACAUCAGACGACACUCCGCCCAACCACUGCCGCGCCGAGGGCAUCAUCAAGAACUGCAACACCAUAGAGGACUACAAGAACCUCGAUCGCACAGCCACACUCGACAGAUGCGCUCAGACAAUAUGGGACGCCAUCCACGACGGCUCCAUCUACGAGUGUCCCUCUCUCCUGUCCUCCUUCACAGCCAUCAUCUUUGCGAACCUGAAAAAGUACAAGUUCACCUACCACUUCGGCUUCCCUGCCAUACAGUCCGACCCCCAGUGGAAGCAGGUUGGUGACACGAGCAAGCUGAGCGCAAGCGAGACCACACACCUGGUGGAUGCAGUGCAGACCUUCAAGUACAGCAACGACGUACGGCAAAGGGGCUUCUUCAUCGCCAAGCGCGUCCAUGGCGGCGGCGAGGUAGAUGACGCCCCAAAGACACCGGUCACGCCAGUCACACCGGUCACGCCAGCGGAAGAGAUAGGCUACAAGUGGGUGGUUGGAAAACUGGGCGCGUACGAGAAGGGCUUCUUCGAUGACGUGGACAGCCAGGACCGCUUCAUAGGCUUUUCAGAUCCCUCGACCUACACAGACAACCCGGGGUGGCCGCUGAGGAAUCUGCUCAUCCUUAUAAGACAUCGCUGGCGGUUGAACGACGCACAGAUCAUAUGCUACCGCGACACUCACCUACGGAGAGACCAACCGAACUCCCUCAUACUUCAGAUCAAAUCAGAUCCCAUCGCCGAGGUCUCAACCACAGCGACUGAGGGACCGAGUGCUCGUCCCAAUGCACCAACGCUGCCCAAAGUCACUGGCUGGGAGCGCACAGAGGCUGGCAAGCUGACAUCGCGCAACGUCGACCUCUCCGAGUACAUGGACGAGCGGAAGCUGGCAGACCAGGCUGUCGAUCUCAAUCUGAAGCUCAUCAAGUGGCGCAUAGCGCCCAACAUCGACCUGGAUGUCAUCAAGAACUGCAAAUGCUUGCUGCUCGGAGCCGGCACGUUGGGAUCGUACGUCUCCCGAACACUGAUGGGCUGGGGCGUCCGGAAGAUCACGUUCAUCGACAACGCAAACGUCAGCUUCUCGAACCCCGUCCGACAGCCUCUGUUCAACUUCAAAGACUGUCUCCAAGGCGGCGCGAAGAAGGCAGAGCGCGCCGCCGAAGCACUUGAGGAGAUCUACCCCGGUGUCGACGCACAGGGGCACGUCAUGGAAGUGCCUAUGCUCGGGCACCCCAUCACAGACCAGACCAAGACGAAGGAGCACUUUGACAAACUGCAGAAACUCAUCGCCGAACACGACGCCAUCUUCCUGCUCAUGGACACACGAGAGAGCAGAUGGCUACCCACCGUCAUGGGCAAGUCGGCCGGCAAAAUCGUCCUCAACGCCGCCCUCGGCUUCGACACGUUCGUCGUCAUGCGCCACGGCCUGAAGCCCACGCAGGAUGGGCAAGUAGAACUCGGCUGCUACUUCUGCAACGACGUCGUUGCGCCCGCAGACUCCCUCAGCAAUGCAACCCUCGACCAACAAUGCACCGUCACGCGCCCAGGAAUCGCCCCGCUAGCAUCGAGCCUGCUAGUCGAGCUCCUGGUUUCCAUCCUCCAACACCCCUACAAAUCCCUAGCCCCUGCUCCUUCGACCACCAAACCCACUCCCACAUCCACGUCCACUCCAGCAGCAGCAGCCUCCCACCCCUCCCUCCCACCGCCCUUUGUCCACCCCCUCGGCACCAUUCCGCACACCAUCCGCGGCUACCUCUCCACCUUUACGAACCUGCAGGUCGCGGGCCAGCCGUACGACUGCUGCUCCGCGUGCAGCGCCACAGUGCUAGAGGCGUACGAGGCAGACCCGUGGGGGUUUGUGCAGCGGGCGCUGGACGAGCGGGGGUGGGUGGAGGAGAUGAGCGGGCUGAAGGAGGUGCAGCGGCGUGCGGACGAGGCGGCGGGAGACGUGGAGUGGGACAGCGAGGGCGAGGGCGGGUUGGACGACGAGGGCGAGAUGUUGUAG